UUAUUCACUCUGUUCCUGGAACAGUUCCAGGCUUCCCGUCUCUGCCUCCAGUGUACAAAUUCAUCAGCUAUCCACAACACUCGCAAUCCCAAGAGGCAAGAGAAGACAGUAGGAAGGUCAUUCAUAUUGCAAAUCACACUGUUUCUGAAGGACCUCGGGGCUGUGGAUAGACCUAACUGGUAUCCUCUGUUCUUCUACCUCUCUAACACAUAAUUAGGGUAAUUAAGGCGGCAGUCUCAGUCUGGAUGGAUUUCAUUGCCGGGGCCAUUGGAGGUGGCCUAAGCACAGCAGUGGGUUAUCCGCUGGACACAGUGAAGGUGAGAAUUCAGACUGAGAGGCAUUACAAUGGGAUUUGGCACUGCAUUCAGGAAACAUACAGGACAGAAAAAGUUUGGGGAUUUUACAAAGGUGUGUCUGCAUCAGUCCUUGCAGUGUCAGCAAUUUCUUCUGUUUCGUUUGGCACAUACAAAAACUUCCUUUGUACCAUCUGCAAGCUGCGAUAUGGAGCUGCAGAUGCAAAGCCGUCCAAGCUGGAUGUUUCUCUUGCUGGAGGUGCUGCUGGUGCUGCCCGGACUGUUUCCAAGCCAAAGUACCAUGGAUCUCUGCACUGCCUGAAGGUGAUCGUCAAGGAGGAAGGUUUUGGGGGUCUCUACAAAGGCUGCUCUGCAUUACUCUGCAGAGAUUGUUCCUCUUCUGCAAUAUAUUUCCUUACCUAUUCUGCUCUUUGUGACUGGCUCACACCAGCUGGGAAAGAUAAACCAGGUUUCCUUGUUGUGCUGCUUUCUGGUGGUUUUGCUGGAGUUCUGGCCUGGGGAUUAGCUACUCCCAUGGAUGUCAUCAAAUCACGGAUGCAAACAGAUGAAUCCGACCAGCACAAGUACAGAGGCCUUGUCCACUGUGUUAGGGAAAGUGUGAGAAAGGAGGGUGCGAAAGUGCUUUUCAAAGGACUGGGCUUGAACUGCAUCCGUGCCUUUCCUGUGAACAUGGUGGUGUUUGUAACAUACGAAGCUGUACUGAGAUUUGCAGAAGGUUACACAAAUGAAAAAUAGCUCGUGCCAAUCUGUUCAGAGGUGCUUUUUGUUUAGUUGUUUUUUUGGUAACACAGCGUCCAUGAACAACUGCUUGAUGCUGUCUCCUUUGAGGGACUGCAUAAGAAGCAUGGACACUUCAGCACAAGCUGGAUGACUGAGAGCUUUGUUUUAUUCUUACAGUAUUAUGAACUCAUCAGGGAGUCUUGAACUUAGAUACAACCUCCCUUUUAUCUCUUAAUAUAUCUAGACUCUAGCCACUGCUUAGGCCCUUGAAACAUUUGAGAUAUCUAAAAAGCUGCAAGUCUGAUCAGCGUUUUUGGUAAAGGGUUCAAUGUGUUUUCUACUGGACACGGAAAAUGAUCUUCACAACCAAGGCAAGAGCUGGGGGGAGUUUGUGUAAGAUUCAAUAUUAUCCAGUGUGUGCUCUUUACAUGUAAUGCCUGUAUUGUAUUCCCUGGGAAACUUACAAAAUUGUGCUUCAGGCUGCAAAGUUUCCUUCCCAGCUAUAAUUUUGCCAGAAUACAAUUGUAUAUCUUUGGUAGCAGCUGAAAUAUCGAUUUCCACGCUUUUUCCUGUCAUUAUUUAAGGAGUGGCAGACACGACCCCUUUACAUAACUGUGUUUAUGGCCUCAUUGAAAGUGAAACCAAGCAUGGGUUCCCAUAAGCCAUGUGAUUGUCUAUCUGUGUUAUCCCAAACCCUACAGCAUCCGUCCCCCUCCCUCCAGAGGCUGACAACAAGUCUCUGGAGCUUGGCAAAGCUUUGGAGGCAAUCUGAUCAUCUCUUCUUGCCAAGAGAGUAGGAAUAGGAAAGUCUUCCAUAAAAAUCUGUGCACUGGGAAGGUUAUACAAGCUAAAGGAGAACUGCAAAGUUGUAGAGUAUAAUACAGUAUAAUCAAGAUUUACUGCUUUAUAAUGCACAUACUCUUCUCACUUUAAACUACAGCAUUAGGAGCAGCCACAUAUGUUUUUUUGUCAAAGCUCUAUUUUGAUAGAAUUUCUGACUUCCCUAACAACUAUUUCUUUUUCACAAAUGUUCAAAGGUUCAUUCGCAUGUCAGUUAAAAAACACAACACCCGCAGUAUUGCUUCAGAAAUACUUUCAUUUGCUCAUCCCGUAUCCAGCGCAGCAUAGCUGUUUUCUAUCUCUGUUCUAAUCCCUGGAUGAUGACAUCUGUUGAAGACUGGAUCCAGACCCUGACAGAUUCUGUUGAAAGUGCAUUUUUUUGAGGGAGAGAGGAAUACUCUAUUUCUAAAAUAGUUCCCACCCUGAAUAGAGUUGAUGUCCUUCUGGUCCACAGCCAUUUUUACCAGUUGAUGAUAGCAUGGCCUUGAAUACACCCACAAUAAUUUUGCAGCAAGCAGGACUUGUCAGCUACUUUGGGCAUAUAAAAAAGUGUCUUGUACUAAAAGAACAAGUUGAAAAAUUUCAGAUGCUACUAGGAAAGUAGCACUUCUUUUUCCCACUCCAAAGAGAGCAGUAAAAGCUCUGGAACUGUCCUCCCAAAAUCUAAGCCUUCAAUUGGCUUUUUAAUCAAGGUCACAGCUAUUCUGUCAAACUACCAUCGUAAUUUUUCUCUCAAGAGUCUAUAUAGCUCUCUCGGUCGCUGCAAGAGGGUUAAAAGGCCAGGCAGAUGCAGUAUUUGUCAGCUUAAAGGGGAGUGAAAUGGAAGAUCCACUGGUGAACAGGAUUCUCUCUGGAAGUGCUUAUGGCCUCAGCAGCCUACCACCCCUAGUUACAUCUUGGGGCAUCAGCACCAAACUUCCUUUAGCCAGAAAGUCCUUAUAGCAGAAGGUUUAAUUAAAUCAUCUUAAUUAUCUACUACCCUCAUUUCCUUCUUCAAGGGAUGCAUUUGACUGAGUGCUGUCCCAGCUGGAUAGUGAUUUACCACAGCUCUGCCUGGAUGUUUUCUGCAAUCAAACUUCUUUAUGCUGUACAAUUCUCUGCUGACCAUGUUCUCGGGCAUUACAUCCUCUGAACAGAGAUGUAAAAAAAUACCUGUAAAUUGGACAACCAUUUAUUGUCAGGCAGUGUUGAUACCAUCCAUGGUCAGCCACAAUUUGGAAAUGAAGUAGCUCAGCUUUCCUAAUAGGCUCAUACCUCAUACAUUCAGAUGACGAAAAAGUGUCCUCCUGUGGGUGUAACUGAAAUCCAUCUGGUUUAAAGAAACAGGAAUCACAGAUGAAUUGUAAAAAUGAGUGGGAACAACUGCAGAAGUCAGUGCGAGCAGGCGAGAAGCGUAAGCCUCAGGACAUUCAACACCAUGUAAAAGCAGGUUCCUAUGUGGCCUGACCAAAAGAGGUAAGUUGUACCUCCAGGCAGUUUAUUUCAGGAAUUUAAGUGCUUUGCCAUCCAAUUUGUUCAUAGGCCUUUACUGGAAAAAAUAUAUACAUACUGUACGGUGACAACAGAGCAAGAACUCGUAGCUAAUUCACACCGAUACAAAUUACCAGCAGCUGCAGGAAUUGACUGUAUAACUACUGUGAACAGAGGCACAUAAGUAUGAACCAGUUUUUGUUUAAUGACACAACACAUCGUACCUAUUAUGUACUUCUCUACACACACACCAAGAUGUGUGUUUGGCUUCUGGAUUUCAGAACUUGACUCGUUUAUUUUCUGUUUUCUUUUUAUUACUUUGAUCUUCAUCUACUCUGAUAAUCACAGAACUACUUAUUCUGAUAAAUUAUAUUCCUAGCUAGCUGAAGGACAGCUAACAGAACGAAGACACCACAUUUGCUGUGCUGAUUAUUUGGUUUACGUUGCUUUAAGGACUGCAGCUUUCUGUAUAGAUCACUUCUUUCAGUGAAAGUUAGUGGCCUUGAAAAAAAAGAUUUGCUUUAGAAGGCACAUUCUGCUUCAUGUUUUCAUGUUGCUGAUAAUUUCUGUUUUCUCUUACAAUGGUUAUGAAUACCCACCAGCAUACCUGCUGGUGACUGGAAAAACAAAGUGAAGCUGUGCUCUUCAGACAACAGCAAUUGUGGAGUAUCAUGUUGCCACUUAAGCACCGGUAUUUAUGACAAACCCACUGAAGGGUCAUUGUAUGCAGGUCAAAUUGACCUUUUCCUAUUUCUGAGCAGGUCGCUGUAUGCUGGGUAAUUCAAUUUCCAGUCUUGCUUGCAAACAGUUUAAUCUUUGGAAAACUGACCCUUAUUAGCUGGCUUUUGGACCAAUCUGAAGUCUACCUAGCAGGACUGGAUAGAGGGGGUUAUAAGGCAGCCUAUUUCACUACUUGAAAGGCACCAGCCAUCAAAAGGAGGAACAGCUCCAUUAGAUGACUAAACCAACACCUAAAAGGAUGUGAAAAAUAGUUCAAGUGUAAAUUAAGCCUUUUAAAAAUUAAAAAAAAAAAGAAUAAAAUCAAAUAAGCUUGAUGCAGACUUCUACUUACAUUUUUAUUACAGUGAGAUGAACAAAAUAAGAACAAAUUGAGCAAAAGGUACUGCACGUGCUUUGAUAACAUCCUUGGCUAUUUCACGCAUGCUUUUGGAGAUAUCCUUGUCUUGACUUUUAAAUACCUCUGCGAUGUGAAAUGUAAUUACAACAGAUUUAGAGGAGUCUUGGCAAAUUCCUAAGGAACUGUACCAUUUCAGAAGCAUGUUUAUAAGAAACCCACAGAGUGCUUGAUUAAGGUGCUUGCUCAGUAAACAAAUACUACAGAGUUUUGCUAUUACUUUCCUUUCUAAAAACAGAUUUUAAUUUCUGUGUUCUAUAAUUAAUCCACAUGCUAAGUUAGAAUAGAACACACUACUGUUUCUCCUACAUAUUUCCCUUUCCUGAAUAAAUGAAAUAAAUCUUGCAGGACAGAUCUAUGUACAAUAUUUUAGAGAAGAAAUGUGCAUUCCCAGUGUGCAAAAGCCCUUUAAAAGUAAAUUUAAGUCUUAUAUUUUAUGUGCAGAUUAAAGAUGAUGAAGAGGGGACUGCUAGAACAGGAAAGUCACCAUUAAAGUCUAAAGUAACCAAAUCAGGGUUUUUUGCCACUGGAUUGAAGAAGCUAUUUUUGUUUUCUAAUUGCUCCACCACUCUUAAAAAAAAACCCCACACCACCUUUUCUACUGACUGUUAAACUCUUGUUAAUAUCGACAUACUACGCCUGUGGGUUACCAAAAGUCACUGGUAAACCUUCAUUUUAAUACAUUAAAGUCAAUGGCACUAGAUUAGCAAUGUCAGCUCACAUAAACUGUAAAGAAAAAGACAAAAACUAAGCACUGCUAUUUUCAGCACAAGUUCGAAGCACAUACAGAAGGACUAAACUUGCCUUGCAUUUCAGUCUUUCCUUGAUCCCUUGCACAAACAUAAACUAUUAGGGGUACUUCAUUAUAGAACAUGGCACACAGGCAUUUCCAUCUCAGAAAUGCAAGAUCGCUGCUGGAGAGGACUUGUACACUGUGUUAUAGAACUGCUACUGGUGGGACAGAAGCAGUCCAGCACGUUCUCAUGUACAAACAGGCUUAUCCAGGGCCUACUGAAGUCAGUGAGAAGUCUCACUCUUCAAAAUUCUCCCUCCACCCAAGUGUCAUCAGCUCACUUUGUAGGUUUACAGUCAAAUUUGAAGUGUGCUUUUUUGUUUUUUAAUUUUCUUUUUUUAAAAAAAACAAUCAAGAACACUACAGUCGAUUUAUGUCCACUAGGCACCACAGUACAGAACUUGUUUAAAUCUUUCACACCUGAUGCAAGUGCCUUCCUUAUAUUUUUAAAUGAUUUGCAAGUACCGCACAUCAAUACCCACCUGUGUUAUCAAAGGUAUUUUUAUUUGAUGUUGAUAAGACUACUUCUGGGCUGGCAACUUUCUAUUCUACAUAAAUACAAGCCAGAUCUGACAGUUCGCAUUCAUGACUGUACAAAUUAAAACAAAUUAGCUAAUAAUUUGAAUUUUUCUUCCAUAAAUCAUAGCAAAGACAAAGAUUUCUUAAGAAAGGAGAUAAUUAUUACAUGAGGUAUUUUAACAAAGUAUAUUUUAGGAUGUAUUCCAGUGAGAAAAUAAGUACUUCUAGUUUAAAUAAACUAGUGCUGUAAAACAGAACAGACAGUACCCGAAGUUUCCUUGUGUCCAGCAGCAACUUCAUACUCACAGCAUGAUUUAACACUUGGUAUUUUUUAUAACUAGAAACUAAAAUUUGCAUUUCUAUCUACCUUCCACCUGAGAACAUGAAGAAACUGCAUAACCUUGUGAUAACCCCUUCCGUCCAGAGGCAGUCAGACCGGUUAAACAGCUGCAGAAACAAAAGUACAGUGAGAUUUCUGUGAUUUGCCGCAGGUCAAAGAGGAAGACAAUAGCAAAACCAGUCUGAUAUUCUUUCUUCCGCAUUCAACUCACAGAUCUCCAUUAUUUCUGUGUUGAUCCCAAGGCCCAAGUCACUGUGCAAUCUACUUUGUAACAUUCACUAUC